AAGAACCCGAAGCUAUACAUGAGGGACAUAAUGCUCGUGUAGCGGGGAUGGGAAAGAUGCUACUUGUGUAAUUACUGGGCGCCAUUUGUAGAUAGGUAUUGGCGAUAAUAUCUUUCAGAUGGUAAGUGCCGCAAUGCAACACGAGGGAGAUAUACUAGUGGCGAAGAGGACGCAAUCUAAUCCAGGGGUCUGCUGCAGUAUCCCCUCUGUUGGUGAUUUCUGACACCACCAUCGUCGAGACAUCUCGUGCCGAAGAAGCACCGAGGAAAUAUCCGGGUUUUUUUUUAUUCACGGAAUAUACCUGUUCGGCGACUUGUCACUAAAGGGUUCCAACUACAGGGAUAGCGAGUUAUCUCUCUUGGAUAUACCUUUUUUUUCUUCUCCUGAAGAAGACUGAUUUGACUAAGGGGGUUGGGAAUGUACCCCGCGUAUGUGGAGUCUGUCCGUAGGUGAAGUGAAAUAAUAAUCACAGACUAGGCGAUAUUAUUGAACCAGAGAGGAGGAAACUUUUUUGUUCCGUCAACCAUGACGGAGCAGAUAAUUACCUUGACAGACGAACAAAUAGCAGAGUUUAAAGAGGCCUUCUCGUUAUUUGACAAAGAUGGCGACGGGACCAUCACGACCAGCGAACUCGGAACUGUCAUGCGCAGUCUGGGUCAAAAUCCGACGGAAGCCGAGCUACAGGACAUGAUAAACGAAGUGGACGCUGAUGGCAAUGGUACGAUAGACUUCGAGGAGUUCCUUUUAAUGAUGGCCAGAAAAAUGAAAGACACAGAUAGUGAGGAGGAACUUCGGGAGGCUUUCCGAGUGUUCGAUAAAGACGGUAACGGUUUUAUCAGUGCAGCCGAACUCCGCCAUGUCAUGACCAAUUUAGGGGAAAAGUUGACAGAUGAAGAAGUGGAUGAAAUGAUUCGAGAGGCCGAUCUCGACGGUGACGGCAUGGUGAACUAUGAAGAAUUCGUUACGAUGAUGACGGCCAAAUAGCAUGGCAGGAUUGGUUUGUGAAUGACGAAGAAAUUCGGAUGUUAUUUGUAUAUUUGUCUACAGAAGACCUUGAAUAUUUGCAUUGAAACCGAACACGUGAUUAUUUUAUUUUAUUUUUUUUCAGUGUUGUAUAUUUGUUUAAAAUGUUCGAAACUUGUAAGAUCUGUCUUUUGUGUACAUUCUGACGUUGCAUUUGUAAACAAUAAAGUCGCAUUAACCAU